ACAAAAGUGGUCUCCGCCAGUCAAGAAACCCUCGAAAGUAUUUUACCAUGGAUAUAGAAGAUGAAGAGAAUAUGACCACCUAUCUAGAGUUUUCAUUCCUCAUUAUCAUCAUGGGGCCAUCGUUUUUAUUACAGAAAUAUGCCUCUAGGUACCUAUCUCGUAAUGUCUCUGUGGUUUCGUAUGGAGUCCUGGUUCUUGUAAUAAAGCUCUGAACUUUCACCUGAGCAAACUCAAGAAAGCCAUUUGAUUGACUCAGAUACCUGGUCGUCGGGAUAACGGUUCAUACACAGUUCCCUUCAAGCACAGUCGCUGCUCCUGAAUUGGAGGGAAGGGAGUCCACAUGAUCUUUAGUCUCUGAAGACUGGAAAGAAAUUGGUGCUGGUGUGGACCAAACCCUCAUGGGGGCUUUCUCUGCUCUCCACACCAUUUUUCACAGGGCUGUGGGGAUGGGCCCUCAGGCACACCAUGUUUCCUCCUUUGGCAUUGUUCUCUGUGAACCACCAGUCACUUCUACCAACCCACCAACCCUCAGUCCCAGAGAGAAACAGGUCUAAGUGAGGUCCACAUGCACACAUAGCGGGAAAGUUACCUAGAAGACAGCACUUUUCUUGCUAAUGUGCUCAGUCUCGAGGAAGAACAUGCAGCUCCACAGCAGAACUGUGUUUUACCAGGAGUAUCAUGAUGUGAGAACUUGGCCCAGCAUACUUCCUGUGACCUCACAUGCAGUCCAGUGGCAAGAUCUGUGGCUCUGCAUUUCUCGAACACGUGGAACCUAGCAGCACUCUGUUCCAGCAGCACUGAUGUUAAGGAAAACCGCAAUCUGGACAACAUGCCCCCCAAGGACAGCAGUGCAUCUGGGCCUGUUGAGGGCGCUCCGCUCUCCAAUGGGGGUGGUGGUGGCACCAGCAGGAAGCGGCCCCUGGAGGAUGGCAGCAAUGGCCACUCCAAAUACCGCCUGAAGAAGCGAAGGAAAACACCAGGGCCUGUUCUGCCCAAGAACGCCCUGAUGCAGCUGAACGAGAUCAAGCCUGGCUUACAGUACAUGCUGCUAUCCCAGACUGGGCCCGUGCAUGCGCCUCUGUUUGUCAUGUCUGUGGAGGUGAAUGGGCAGGUCUUUGAGGGCUCUGGCCCUACAAAGAAAAAGGCAAAACUCCAUGCUGCAGAGAAGGCCUUGAGGUCUUUUGUCCAGUUUCCUAAUGCCUCUGAGGCCCAUCUGGCCAUGGGAAGGACUCUCUCUGUGAACACGGACUUCACAUCCGACCAGGCCGACUUCCCCGACACACUCUUCAAUGGCUUUGAGACUCCAGACAAGUCAGAGCCACCCUUCUACGUAGGCUCCAAUGGAGAUGACUCCUUCAGCUCAAGUGGAGACCUCAGCCUGUCAGCUUCCCCAGUACCUGCCAGCCUCACCCAGCCUCCUCUGCCUAUCCCACCACCAUUCCCACCCCCUACUGGGAAGAAUCCCGUGAUGAUCUUGAACGAGUUGCGCCCAGGGCUGAAGUAUGACUUCCUCUCUGAGAGCGGAGAGAGCCACGCUAAGAGCUUUGUCAUGUCCGUGGUAGUGGAUGGCCAGUUCUUUGAGGGCUCAGGGAGGAACAAGAAGCUUGCCAAGGCCCGGGCCGCACAGUCCGCCUUGGCCACUGUUUUCAAUUUGCACUUGGACCAAACACCAUCUCGCCAGCCUGUUCUCAGCGAGGGUCUUCAGUUGCAUUUGCCCCAGGUAUUGGCAGAUGCUGUCUCACGCCUGGUCCUGGGUAAGUUCAGUGACCUGACGGAUAACUUCUCCUCCCCUCAUGCACGAAGAAAAGUGCUAUCUGGAGUUGUGAUGACCACAGGUACAGACGUCAAAGAUGCCAAGGUGAUAAGUGUUUCGACAGGGACGAAAUGUAUCAACGGUGAAUACAUGAGUGACCGUGGCCUUGCACUAAAUGACUGCCAUGCAGAGAUAAUCUCCCGAAGGUCCCUGCUCAGGUUUCUUUAUGCACAGCUUGAGCUUUACUUAAAUAGCAAAGAAGAUCAGAGAAGGUCCGUCUUCCAGAAGUCAGAACGGGGUGGGUUCCGACUGAAGGAUACCGUGCAGUUCCACCUGUACAUCAGCACCUCGCCAUGCGGAGAUGCCAGAAUAUUCUCUCCCCACGAGCCAGUGCUAGAAGAACCAGCAGAUAGACAUCCAAAUCGCAAAGCAAGGGGACAGCUACGGACAAAAAUAGAGUCUGGUGAGGGGACAAUCCCUGUGCGCUCAAACGCCAGCAUCCAGACCUGGGAUGGGGUACUGCAGGGAGAACGACUGCUCACCAUGUCCUGCAGUGACAAGAUAGCACGCUGGAACGUGGUGGGCAUCCAGGGGUCCCUACUGAGCAUUUUCGUGGAGCCCAUCUACUUCUCCAGCAUCAUCCUGGGGAGCCUGUACCAUGGGGACCACCUCUCCAGGGCCAUGUACCAGCGGAUCUCCAACAUAGAGGACCUGCCACCUCUCUACACCCUCAACAAGCCCCUGCUCAGUGGAGCUGACCCGGGGUCCUGUGAGAACUACACUGACCUUUUAGGAGGAAACAUGCCCAGUGACCUAACCACCUACCACUGGGCCCCAUCUCGGAGGUUCCCACCUCAGCCUCAGCACACUGAAGUACAAGCCUCAGCACGUGGGCCUUUAGAGAACACACUCCAGCCAGAUUCAAACUGUGGCAUCAGCAAUGCAGAAGCUCGACAGCCGGGGAAGGCGCCCAACUUCAGUGUCAACUGGACAGUGGGCGACUCUGCCAUCGAGGUCAUCAAUGCCACAACGGGGAAGGACGAGUUGGGCCGCCCGUCCCGCCUGUGUAAGCACGCGUUGUACUGUCGCUGGAUGCGUGUGCACGGCAAGGUUCCCCCCCACUUACUGCGCACCAAGAUCACUAAGCCCACCACAUACCACGAGUCCAAGCUGGCAGCGAAGGAGUAUCAGGCCGCCAAGGCACGUCUGUUCACUGCCUUCAUCAAGGCGGGGUUGGGUGCCUGGGUGGAGAAGCCCACAGAGCAGGACCAGUUCUCUCUCACACCCUGAUCCAGGCAGGUGCCAAGGCUGCAGCGCUGAAUCCUGCCCCAGAGCCUUGCAUCUGAGCUGGGGCAGGUGUGCACCUCGGGGAGGGCAUGAGGGGCCUGGGGGAACCACUGGACAUCCAGUACUGUCCCCAGUCUCUCUCACCAAUAGGGCAGCAUGGGGACGUGUGGGGUGCCAGGCAUCUCACAGCUGAUUGGGAAGCAGGUGAACAGUGGGGGUGCAUGGCAGGGAGAGACCCCCAGCAUCUCCCUGCCACACACUUCCCUUCUUGAGCUACCCAGUGACCGCUUUAUAUCUCCGUUUACGUUAGAAAUUGAGUUCUACUGAGUAGGGCUUCCUCAAGUAUAGGAAAAAUGAAAUUACUUUGUGAGAGAUUCUUGAAUAAAUAAUUUAUUCAGAGCUAGGAAUGAGAUUUAUAAUAUAAGUAAUUAUGUCAGGUCACUUUUAUGCCACAUUAUUUUAAUUGCAAAAAAGCGUUUAUAUGUGGAAGAACACGAGAAAGUAGAGGUAAGAAGUAGAGCCCUCGAGAAACACCACAUGCACAGCUAUGCGUGGCUGCUCCUCUCCGUAGGUCCUUCAUGGUUAAGUCCUCUUAGUAGGUUUCAACAGCUCUCCUGGGGUGACCCCAGCAUACACUGGCCCUGUAGCUGGGACCCUGUGUCCUGCAGUGUUAUGACCUAGAACCUGCUGCCUCAGCUGCCUCUAGAAGCUUCCAUACCCCUGGUUAGGCUCAAAUCAUGGAAAACUUGGUUUACUUCAAAUUGGUGAAGGUAAACGUGUCCAGAGCCUGUACUGGCCCCACUGGGGUUUUUUAACAGUAUAGCUUCUGUGGCCUAGAAAAAACCUGAUGGGGCUGCUAUGCACACAGAGCACAGCCUUCCCUGUUCCUCGGAAUCUGGUGGGUAGGAACCACUGACCACUCAAAGAGCUUCACAGGAUGGAGAGGUAUUUAAGGUGAUACCAUUCUUGGCAUGCCAUAAGGUAUAUUGCUAAGUUAUUCCUUCCAGCUUUAUCAGACACAUGUUUGAAAAUAAAGUCUAUUCAAGCUGAAGUUGGUGAGACAGUGUGAACUGGCAUGCUGCAGACCAGAUAUUGGUGUCUCGACAGGCAGGGCUCGAGUGCUGCUGGCAUCUUGUGGGUGAGCCCCAGGAUGGCAGCAGCACCCCUCAUGCACAGGGUGGCCCCAGGACCCUGGAGUGGACCACCUGGACCUCCUGUGCUCAGACUUGCCCCAGGUGCCUUGUUGUUUCCACUCAGGAUUAGGGAGGAGUAGAGGGAGGAAAGGCUGUAUGCCAACAGCUCAGCAUGUCCGUCUAGUCCAGCAAGUCACUCUGAGCAGCCUCAAGACUCUCAGGGCCACGGGCAGGGAAGGCACAGACCAUCUGACAGCACACAGCCACUGCCGCCACAUCCAGGGGACUGAAAGCUGUGUGACCCUGUUUGCCCAGGUGUUUGUGUCCUUCACACACUAAGAAAAACCAGAACAGGAGCAGAGCUACUGUCAGUCCCAGAUUCCCUGCAGACCUUGAGGCUGUGUUGUUGCUUUGGUGGGAACUGCUUCUGUCUCUGUAUUGGGAGCCUUGCCUGAGUCCUUGUGGGUUUCUCACAUGGUUCUCACCCUAUGGGGUUCCAUCCACAUGGCAGGAGGGUCCUACCAGAGCUCCAUGGUGACAAUGGUAGGCUGCUCGCCAGGUGAGGACCCUGCAUGCUGUGGCUGGGCCUUGUUUGGGUAAAAUGCACUGGGGUUCCUUAGAAGGAAAGGUCUGAUGGCAUCACCACCCUCCCACAUAGGCUCCUGCACACUCCAGAAAGAAAAGCCUCAUGCUGGUGUGUUCUUGUCUUUAAAAUUAUAUUUUUUCUAGUGGGGAUGGGGAAAUGGACUUAGUUUUUAAAUGUGCUUUUGGUUAUAAAGUCUAGCAAAAUUGUAUAUCCGUAUUCACUAAAAACCAUGCAGAGCACCUGGCCUUCCAUGGCUGAUAGCAGAAAUGAGCAAAGGUCAUUCACAGGAAGUGAAUGACCUUGUGCAUGUAAGAGCAUGUCCUGCUUGGUUGACCUAGAGCCUGACAAGACAGAGGAAGGUAGCCUGGGAGAGCACCGCAUAGUAAGAGAGAGACAGCAUGGGCUUGCCCUCCCCCUGCUCCCAGGCAGCUCAGACAGUCCAUCUCUGACUAGAAAGGAACAAAUGGUGACUCUUAAGACUUGAGCACUUUAAGCCCCUUUCUGAAGGCCACCAUGGAUGACACCAUGAUUGUAGUGCUAUAGCCCACAUCCAGGACUCAGACUUCACAGACUCAGCAGAAAGCUUGGCACACCAAGUGUUUUUGUUUUGUUUUGUUUUGUUUUGUUUUUUAUAUCCUGAAUUUUGAGGACACUUUUUAGCAGGGGAGGACAGGAGGUUCUCUGUUCUGUUUACUUACCUAAACCUGAAGUAUUAAUUCCACAAAGGCAGGGUCCCUUGGAACUGCUCAGGCAGCUUUGCCAGGGCUGUAUCCACAGGGGAAGGUCAGCAUUGUGAAGGAAUCUCAGUUCAGGUGGCAUGCCUGUGCACAGCCAUAGCUCCCCACUUGGAUCAAGGCAGAGACAGUGACAGGCUGGGUGGGUAUGGUGUCUGUACCACCAACACUGACCACUGCUCAUGGUGUCGAGAGGUGGCAUCUCUCCAGCAAGGGACACCAAGGAACUAUAGCUUUGAGUCUGAACCUUCAUCUUUCACCAUCCUUCCUAUUUUGAUAACUUAAGGAACUUUUAAGCAUGUAUGUGAGCAUCAUCUCCUUGGGCAUCCUCACUCCGGGUUUAUUUUAUUCCACAAUUCCUCUUACCACCAGGCUGUAGUUGCUGCUUGGUCUUUAAAGCCCAUGUCUCUCCUGCAGUUUCAGACAGGUGUACCAAUUGUGGGCAGCCUCCAACCUCUCCACGGGCACUGACCUAAGGGUCAGGAAUGUGGGGGGAGCUGUGCCAUGAGUAUACAUGAUGCAGGAACAGCUUUUCAUUUCCAAAGUAUUUUACUCCAGAAAUGUCAGCUCUGCUCAGUGCUAACUUUGAUUCAGCAAGAGAAACAGAAUAAGCUGAAAUCCCCAUCUCUAAACUCUGUGAAAUUAGGGAACUUACCAGAAGAUCACUUCAAUCCCAAACUGCAUCAUGGAAAGGGCAGGGGGCUUGUGUUCAGAAUAUGCACCUUGUAUGUGUCCUUGUCUCUUGACAUGCUGUAUGACAGUCUACCCAAGGGUGAGAAGGUGUUUGCACCUGCUCCACAGCUGGUAGGCUGCUUCCCUGUCCACACUGCGGCUCCCGAGGUCAUGUGAUGCCAGGGAAUAGAGGUAGGGAAACUGUGAUCUGCCAGGGACCACAGUCAAGAGGGGUGUGGGUCUGACUGCAUCCUGACUGGCUUGUCAGUUCCCUCCCUUGCCUUCCCUUCCUGGAGAAAUCCUCCUGUCUCUGUAGUAGUGCCUGUACUUCGUGUUUGCUGUUUAGAGGACAAGUGUCCAGCUUCAGAAGCACUUAACUGUGGCCACAGCAAAAGCUGAUGGUACAUAGGGAACCAAUGGGCCAUUCUUCUGAAUGGAACACAACUGGUUAAAAGCACAGUUUGUGGAAUGUUAAUGGAAUAAGCCCUAAAGCUGUUUGCUUUUCCAGGCUUUGAGUUAUAGGCUUUUUAUUUGAUUUUAAAAUUUGGACACUUUACAUGAAUGUAAUUCAGCCAAGACACUUGUUGCUAAGAUACAAUCCUCAGUGUUCUCUGUAUGUAUAUUUAUGUAUAUACCACAUGUUGCAGCCUGCAUGAACUUCCUCUCACACUGAGCCCAGCCGGAACUGAGCAUGAGACGCUGUCACAUGUAGACAAAGGACUGAGAUGUUCUCAAUAAAGACAAGAAGUUUCACUACGAAA